UUCUGUCAUAACCUCGAAGCCUGUGAGAAAUUUACAAGAAUGAAUCGGUUGAAGUUAGAGAAAAAAUCUAUGAAACAUUGUAAACAUAAAUGCUCGGUUACUUUCAGAUUAUGUCUAUGGUCAGUUCACGAACAAGAAGGAUUUUGGCGGCUCUUAGCCAAAAUGAUGAAUCGAAUAAUGUUUAUUUUGAGGAAGAAAUCGGGUCUAUGCCGAUAUCCAUUAUUUCAAGUGACAAUAUUUUUGAUCUAGAUAAUUCCGAAAAUAUUUUAAAAACUACUUUAGUAAAUGAAGACUUAAUCGAAAUAGAUCAAUCAAUUUUAUUGUCUUCUAAUAAUUCGAGUCCCUGAAAAUGAUGGUAACCAUACUAUGCAAGAAGAAAUAAAUGUACCAAUAAGUACUGAUAGCUCAAAUGGGACAGUGGGUGUUCAAUUUGCCAGGUUUCACGAUGAAUUCUUUAAAUUAAAAUGUAAGUCUUCUCUUCCAGAUGAGUUAGCAGAAACUGAUGCAGAGGAUGACAAUGAAGAUGAAAGCUCCAAAACUUAAAAAAAUAUAUAUUUUUUACUAGUAAGAACUUUAUAUUUUCUUUUGUAACGUUAUUUUGUGUUUUUUU